CGUCAUAUGUGAGCGACGGAAGCGCGCGCACAGAGAGAGCACACCAUCACGACCUUCUGACAGGGAAACCCAAUAUUUAUGUAAGACGCUGAAGUUUUAACAGCGGGGCUCCUGCUUAUUUUAAUUAGCCCGCAUCAUGUUUCGUGCUACGUUAGCGUUAUGUGGAAGAACGGCUGUUAAAAGGUUCAUCUCAUCUGUCUCCGGAGAAAACUUACUUCCAUCUAAUUUGCGACUUCCAUCUAAUCUCAUUGGAGUCGGGCGACAAAAGAGGGCCUCUCCGGUGGGCUCUGAUCUUCCAGUGGUGCACAGAUGUGAGGCUGCUCUCCCAGCUCACCUGGCACCUGUCCACACCUGGCUGGAGUCUUUGGGAAGCUGUGACUGUGACCCUCUCGGUGUGGUUGACCUGCACCCUGAUGUCUUCUCCGUUCCUGUCAGGCUGGACAUUCUUCACGAUGUGGAGGUCUGGCAACGUAAUUUCAAACGAAUAAGCCAUGCAAAAGUCAAAUCACGAGCUGAAGUCAGCGGUGGAGGCAGGAAACCAUGGAAGCAGAAAGGAAGCGGCCGAGCACGGCAUGGAAGCAUUCGUUCUCCGCUAUGGAGAGGAGGAGGAGUAGCUCAUGGCCCACGGGGACCGACCAGCUAUUAUUACAUGUUGCCCAUGAAGGUGCGAGUGCAAGGGCUGAAAAUCGCCUUAACUGCCAAACUGGCUCAGGAUUACCUUCAUAUUGUGGACUCACUGGAGAUUCCCACCCCAGACCCCCACUACCUCCUGGAGCUGGUCAAACGCAGACAGUGGGGGGAUUCAGUCCUCAUCGUUGAUGUAGGUGAUGAAUUCCCUCAGAACAUUCUUAAGGCGACUGAAGAUCUGAAAACAGUGAAUAUCAUUCCAGCCAUAGGUCUAAAUGUCCACAGCAUGCUGAAACACGAGAGUCUGGUUCUCACUCUGGAGGCUGUCAAAUUUCUGGAAAAGAAGCUUCUUUGGCACGAUGUGCGUUACACUCCCCUGUAUCCCUUUAAACUCCCAUACAGCGACCUGCCAUGAACACAGCACAGACUUCAAAGUAUUAAAGGUUUAUUUCAUAAAAACAA